UAUGACGAAGAACGGUAGACGAUGAAUUGACUAAGUUUGUCUACUUGCGGAAGCUUCAUGUCGCUGCUAUGGCUUUUGUGGAGCACUUGGUCCUCUUCAGGCUGAAGAAGGAGGUAUCAAAUUCUCAAGAAGAAGAAUGGCUACACUCGCUCAACAAUCUCAAGAGCCUGGAUGGCAUUCUCUACUUCAGAGCUGCCAGGAUUGCGGAGAUCAGCGGUACGUUUUCAUUUACUCACGCCCUCUACGCCAGGUUCUCCGGGAAAGCAGCUCUUGCGCACUACUCGCCACAUCCGGAGCAUCUCAAAGUUGUGGAGAUUGGGAGGCAAAUAUGCGACGACUUCUUCGGACUCGACUGGGAGACCAACGAUGCCUCUCAAGUGGGAGACGGCCCCAAAGUCUUCAUGGUUGUGAAGCUCAAAGACGGGGUUGAUUCACAGGUGCUCCUUGAAGUGGCUUCCGUGUGUGCAAAGCAGGCUUCUCAGGGGAGAUUUGUCAGUGCUGGUUCCGAUUUUUCGAAGCGGGGCAGAGGUUUUGAUUUUGGAUAUCUUCUGGGAACUUGCAGCGAUUGUCCUCCAGACCAACAUGCUACUGCUCUUAAGCAUCUGCAAGACGAGCUUGCGUUCCUCCAGGGAGCGAUCGAUUCUUUCUUGGAGAGCUCUUUUGUCGUCCAGUGUUGACAAAGAUUACUAUUUAAAUUAUGGAGGAAAUAGUAGCUUCUUAUGGAAUUUAAUUAGUUUCUGGUAUGCA